CACUCUAAAGCCAGUAUUUCAAGAAACCAAGUAUAUUCAUACGCGCUUGAAAUUAGACGUAACCGGUAAUGAUCGCAGUAAGCGCAUUACCACGAUUGGUAGCAAGUUUAAUGCUUGGAUUGAACGUGAAAAUUAAAAGUCAAGGCAAAACCUCUCCAAUUUACGAGACAUUUCGCUAAAUAUGUGCAAUUUUGCGGUUUAACCUAUUCAACCACUUGUUGAUAUUUCUCUUAAAUAAACGAAGUUUAUAUCCGGUUAAUGAACGAUCAUUAUACUAUCAAGGAAUAAUCAAAAGAGAUUACUGUCGACGAAGUAAUUUGACAAAUGUAUACACGGACGUUACUGGCAGUCGUAAUUGGCCAAAGUUUUACGGCGAAAGCGAGUCCCCGGCGCAUUCCUCCCUCAUCAAACGAUCAUUACCCGAUGAUAUUCGCAUCGGUCGUCGAGCAUAACGAUAAAAACAUGCAGAGAUAUACCAAUCGAAUUGAAAUUUAAUCGUAUACGAGGCUCUCAUAUCUCUCAUUAUCAAAUAGCAAUAGCAAACUGGCACAAGCUCGAUUUCCGGGUCGCGUCGCGAUGAUGAUGCGAUUUUAUUAAAGAACCAGGAUUAAUUGGUUAAUAUCCUUGGGGACUUUCGAUUAUCGAACUCGCGAACCGCACGAGAUUUAACGGUGAAAGGAGGCUCUAUGCGCGCGCUUGGUACGUACUCCCUUGGUCUCUGUCGGCGACUAUCUCGUCGGAUCUGCGCGAAUUCCGGCGAGCGAAAUAGCGGCGAUAUCAGCGAACACCGAUGUCCACCAUGUCGGUCUUGGAGACCGGUGAGACUGAUCGGACCAUGUCACCGCUGGACGAAGUCGUAUCCCCGACAAGCAUAAAAUCGGAACUGAUGAUCACCGACAUGCUGGACGAGCACGAGGCCGCGCUCGACGCGCAUCGUAAGCGAAAGAGAGACACGGAUGGCGAGGAGCUGACGCCAAGGAAGCUGCCGUCACUCACGAGGAACAACAAUGAGGUCGGAUUCGUCCUCGAGGAGAAUCCUGACGAUGACGAUAGAGACGACGACCGUCUGACUGGUCAUGGGGGCAUCUCCUCACUGGGCGGCGGGAAUUCGUCGCCCUAUUCCGGUGCCCAUCACCAUGGACAUCGGGGAAACGGAAACGGGGGCGGCAUGCCCCACCACGGAGGCGCCUCUCUGCCGACCGCCUCCGACUUUCAACCCCCUUACUUUCCACCCCCGUUUCCCUCGCACCAUCACGCGCCCGCUAGCCCCCAGCAUCCCGGUCUUGGCCAACCGCAACACCUGGAUUACCUCGUCAGCGAUCCUUAUACGCAAACGCUCAACACGUUGCAUCAGCACCACUACAACCACCUGAGCGCUGCCGUCACCGCGGGCCAAAGGAGUGGCGAUCUCAGGAGAGACGCCGAGCUUCACGUGAACAUGCACGCUUCAUCGUUCCCGUACGACGGUGGACGUAGUAGCGGAGGCGGCGGUGGCGGUGGCGGAGGUGGCAGUGGCGGAGGUGGUGGCGGUGGCGGUGGCGGAAGGGGUGUCGAGUACGGCGCCGUACGUCGUCCUGACGCCCUUUUACCGCCUCCGGGCCUCGACCAAACCGACCUCGUUCUGCACAGCAGCCUCGUUGACGACCCCCAGGUGAGCGACGAUAACACAAACGUGGACGAUGGAGGGUUCAUGAACGACCUACCACUACUAAAAAAUAUGAAACCUUCGGACAGGAGCGAGAAGGCUAUGUUGUCCGGAAACGCCCAACCGUCGGACGUGUUCUGUUCGGUCCCAGGACGAUUAUCGUUACUAAGCAGCACCAGCAAGUACAAAGUUACGGUAGCAGAGGUACAAAGACGGCUAUCGCCACCGGAAUGUUUGAACGCGAGUCUCCUCGGCGGCGUGUUACGAAGGGCGAAAUCCAAAAAUGGCGGGCGUCUGCUUAGGGAAAAAUUGGAAAAAAUUGGUUUGAAUCUGCCAGCCGGCAGAAGGAAGGCGGCUAAUGUCACGCUUUUAACAUCCUUAGUGGAAGGAGAAGCCAUUCACCUUGCCAGAGACUUCGGCUACGUUUGCGAAACCGAAUUCCCCGCGAAACAAGUCGCCGAAUAUCUCAGUCGGCAGCAUUGUGAACCGCAGGAUUCCUAUAGGAGAAAAGAACUUCUUCAUGCCACCAAACAAAUCACCAAAGAGCUGAUGGAUCUUCUGAACCAGGACAGAUCGCCACUUUGCAAUACGCGGCCACAACAUAUCCUCGAUCCCAGUAUACAGAGACAUCUCACCCAUUUCUCUCUUAUAUCACAUGGAUUCGGAAGUCCUGCGAUCGUGGCUGCUUUAACGGCUAUACAGAAGUUCCUAAGCGAGUCUUUGAAUCAUCUGGAGAAGAUGUAUCCCGGGAAUGGUAGCGGCGUGACAAGCAGUCAACAAUCGAAUCUUGAUACGAACAAGAGCAAGGAUGGCACGCUGAUGAACGACAUGAAGAAGUGACGCACGGAAGACCCGCCUACCUCGAACGUGGUCACGUCUAUCAGGCACUCUUGGCCGUACAAUUGAGCUUCCGUGCGUUCACCAUUCUUGCGGAAAGCUCGCAGUGGACCACCGCGUACUAUAGGCGCUCGCGUUCGACAUACCGCGCGGCCAUCGUACGCCGAGGUUGGCUGGUCGGUAAGCUUCUGUAGGCAAUUCGAUAUGCAGGCUACAUAUGUGCGAAAUGUGCAAUCAGGGAUACCAGUAAUAAGAGAAGAUAAGAAAAUUCUCAUUCGUAACAGAGAAGAUAUAAAAAAAACAAAAAAAAAUAUAUAUAUAACUCAAGUUGGAGAAAACCACUUCUCGUGUCGCUGGUCGCCUUUGAUACAAGUCGUAUUCAUUUUAUAUCUUAUGUCGAAAAUGUUUAAUAACAUCAUAAAGCUCUAUCUUAACAAAAUCUUUAACAGUUUCCUUCAUCGGCUUAUAAUUGCGAUUAAAAUGUCAUUAUUGAUACGAUCUUAUAGAAAGGCAGAAAAGAAGAUAUAUCUGUGCUAAACAUGUGCCACAUGCUAAAACAAGAAGCAUUAGAUCUAUACGUCGUCCAAUGGAUAUUCUCUACAGAAUAUAUUCUUAGGAAAUUAACACAUAUAUCUUAAAAUGCAUUUAACAUAUUUUAUAAUAUUUGACGAUUCUCAAUCUUCUUCCUUAAGUGAUAAGAAUGUCGGAAUUAUAUAAUUUAGUUAUAUAUUAAUAAGUCAAGAAACGGCAAAUAUUACGGAAAAAUAAAUGCUUGAGAAUAUCAAUUGGAUAUUCGUAUUAUUGGGAAAUAUAUCAAGCUCGUAAACUUAUAUACUUUUGCGUCUAGAGAAAUUUUCAAAUAGAAAGAUUUCGCCAAAAAAUGCUUAUGUUGUCAUACAUAUAUGAUGAUAAAAUGUGACGAUAAUACGUGAAUAAUAUUAAUUUUUAAAGAAAACAUUCCGGGAUAUCAAAAUGAUCAAAGGUGUACAGCUACGAUUUUUGUAAUCUAUUCAUAUGACCCGCUCUCUCUUUAUAUCCCACCGAUGAUACAUCUUAAAUACGAUAGAUCAAAUUAACGAUUUGCGAUUUGGUAAUAUGUAAAUCGCAUCCAUGUUUUUCGCGCAUCCGAACAUUUAACCGACAAAAGUGCUCGAAUUAUCUGUGCUGAGAAAAGAAAGAUUAAUCAAAAUUAUUAAACGAAUAACAAAUGCCAAAAUAAUGACCGUUAUUUUCUUUUUUGGCUGAUUACUCUUAUUGUAUGUAUUUAUAUAUAAUUUCUCUACUUUUACUAAUUGUAAGUACCUACUAGAAUAAUGCAAAUUGGUUUUUUAAAUUUACUUUCCUAUUAGCAUUGUCCAAUUAAUCAAAAAGAAUUUACUCAGCACAGAGAAACUGUAAUAUGUAUGUCAAAUAAUGAGUGUGAUAAAAAAAUACAGAUGUGUGAUAAAAAAUACACACUGUGACAGAUAUAAGGAUAUAAUAUUCCUUCGCAUUGUAAAUUCUAUCAAAGAGCUUCACACAGAAAAUUAAUAGAAAAUUAAUUUACAAGAAGAAUAAAAUAAUCGAAUAAAGAUAAUUUUGUGAAGUAUAUAUGAUAGUCGAAAAAUGCAAAAAAUUGAGUGCAAUUGUGUUAAUAAUAAUUUUCUUACUAUCCUUGCAAUCCAAUUAUCUACAAUGUAAUUAGUAGGCAAUCUGCAAUAAAAAUAAAAAAACAAAAAUCGUGUCAAAAUAUGAAGAACAUUCAUUAAUUUGCGAAGGUAAAAACGAGUCGAGAUUUAAUUCUUCGAUUCUCUUUCAAUGUGCAUUCUGGAUUAUUUUGCGAUUUACUUCUUUUCUCAUUAGAGAAGCUGUGCUUCCAUGUAUGAGAGUUUUUUGGACCAGCAAUACUUUAUGUAUGUAUAAACGGAAGCGGUCGCGUGUAUGAGUAUCAAAGUGCAACUUAAUCCUCAGUAAUCCUGAUGUUUCAAUCUUUACUGAGAUUAAUCAUAAUGGGAACGUCGUGCGAUCAUCCAUAGCAAGAAUAUUCUGCCUUUCAUAGGUGCACACUCGCGUGAUAGUCAGAAACGACGUUAAGUCCAAGGAACCGUCAAGAAUGAAGUCCUUCUGACGGGAGUCUGUAAAUGAUUUAUCGGAAAAGAUGAACGAUAUGAUUAAAUUGCAUAUAAUAUAUAAAUUUCACUUUACAAUCUUUUAAUGCUAUUUCUUGAUCUAGAAGAGUUCAUCAUUAAUCGACACAUUUAGUCAAUUAAAAAUAAAGAUUAUCUACAUUAUUAAAUUCUUCUCUAAGGGACUUUAUUCAAGGUUGUUCCUACGGUCAUUAUCGUGCCAAUGCGAAACUUGCCAUUAAAAAGAUGUGCCAAUUAUCGAUAUCGAGCUAUUAAUGUAAGCAACAGGCGGUUAACGAAAAAAAAAGAUAUAGAGAAAAAGCGAUAGCAUACACACACAUACACCCAGCGCAACGAAACUAGUAUUUCGUUGAACACGCACGUGACGCACACGCGUGACGAAACAGAGGUCUCGUCGAGAACGACGCGCACGUGCUCGUCGGCCGCAUCUCGGACUCGCCAGUCACGAGAGAUUGUAUGAAGUACAAUACCAGGUGAACCUGAGACAUAUCUAACUUUGUAAUUAAAUCUUAGGCGUAUAUAAAUGUAAGAUUAAAAAUAAAACGGGAAGAAGACGAAGAAAAAGGAAAGAGGACGCCGGAUCGGGCGUCUCGUGUCGCGUCGCGUAUUAUGUACAGAAUAUUUGAAUCUUUCUUGUGAUAUAAUCGUACAUUAUUAAGGUGUAAACCGAUUAAAAAAAAAAUACACUAUACAUUCCAUGUUUUUUCAUAGAAGUGAAAAAUAUUAGAAGUGAUCGUGGACAGAGCUUGUGAGAGAAACCGGCUCGUUACUGUAGAAUCGGAUGUGACAGUCGCACACGACUAAGGCUCACACGUCUCAUGGUGUUAGAGGCGGCUCUAGGAUUAGCCAAAGUCUUAGCCAACAUUCGUGAAAUUUAAUGUAACAUUCUUAUACACAGGGUCUCGCCCUGUCUUAUAUUCGCAUGAGCUCGUGGAUACGACUUGAUCCUUGCAGAUAUGAAGAUGUCUCGUAUACGCGAGUCCCUCGAGUAUCUACAUACGACACUAUGUAGUUUGCUGCAUUAUAAUAUAGAGAGUCGCCUCUGCACUACAAGCGUAAAACAGUUUUGUAAAUGUUAAAACGCAUUCCGACCAAAAUCUUUAAGUCUGGCGUCUCCGAUAUUCUAUACUUGUUGUAUUACAUAAUUUUACGUUUAUACGCACAUAUUUCGCAAAUAUAACUUGAUAAUAUAGUAUAUAAAUUCAGAAAAUAUCACCAUAGCAUAAUCAGUAGUGUGAUCUUUAUUAUGCGUGCUCUUUUAUCUUAGCAAUUCGACUGCAUGACACUGUAUGAACUGUGUCGAGAAGAAGAUCGAAAAAAAAUUAUUAGCAAGUAUAAAUAAAGAUCACUCUAAUGGUUGGCCGAUAUACCGAGUCAUCUCAAUAAAUGUUAGAAAAAAUUUAACUAAUUUGAUAUUGUGAAAUUGUUAUGAAUAAAAUGACGCAUAUACGUAAUAAGUAACAUAAUAAUUGUUUAAUUAUUAUGCAGAGUGCAGCUAAAAUUAGCAUGUGUGCGUUUCAACAGAUACAAGAUGUGGAUGCUCUAGCGCGAUAUGCUCGAUUGCACUUUAAGUGAACGAAGCAUUUUCCGGCUCGUGGUUCAUAUGCAAAGGAUUAGUUAGGGAAAAGAAAACUCGGCACCUUAUUUUCACUCACGACUACAUACUUAGAUGCGACUUAUUAGAAGCUAAGGUCUCCCGUAAAUUAAUACUUAUUUAUAACCCUUAUAGGACGGCCGUAGAAAUACGUUUUUCUACCAGAAUUUCUGUGCCAACUGCAAAGAAUGUUGUAGAUGAUUUUUUUGUUUCAAGUUGAACCAUUACUCUAAUCUUGUAAGAUACUCAGAUAUAUCUUUAUUAAAUAUAUAUUUGAAUUUCGUAGUAUAUUAUAUUCUGAUAUUGAUUAUACAGUUCAUUUUUGUAUAUUGGUGUGUGAUAAAUAAAUAAGAAUAUUGUUUCUAAGCAAUCCGCGUCGUGAUAAAAUAACCACCUGUCAUAUAAACGACACAUAAGAGAAUCACUAUUGACUUUAUAUAUAUAGCCCCUAUCUUUCUGAUAUUAUAAUAUAUAAUUAAUAUUACAUAGUUUUCUGAUUAAUAAAAGGAUUAGCUAAAAUAAUGGAACAUAUACAUGGGAUAAUGAUAUUUUAAAAAAAGUUAUCCUUUCUAAUUUUAUUUAUUUCUCACGUUUGUCGAUAUUAUAGUACGCUAUAAAGUAAAAAGUCACUAACAUUCUUUGGAGAUAAUAAUAGAUUCAUAAACAUUUCUAUCGCAUUUCCAAAAAAUUGAUCUUAUUUAUAUUUAUGUUGUAUUAAUAGAAAAAAUAUAUUAGUUACAAUAAUUUUAACUAUUUUCAUUUAAAAAUAUUAAUAAAAUAACAAUUAGUGACUUUUUCCUCAUUCCAUCUCAUCCUAUAUAUGACAAAUAUACCUGCAUACACAUAAAAUAGUAUAAUUAUAUAUAGAAGUUAUAAUAUACGUAAAAUUAUAUAUUCACUAUUUUAAUUCUACUUACGCUUGUGUUUUCCAUGAAAAAAUCUCCACGUAUUUAUUACUUAGCUGAUGUUUUUGUGCAAAUGCAUAUAUACAUUUACAAAAAAAAA